AUGGCGACCAACACACCUGAAUCUGUUCUAGGCUCUCCUCAAGAACAUAUUCCAGCUUGUGACAAACAUAGCAAACGAAUCGAUAUGUUCUGUGAGGAUUGUGAUGAAUUUAUUUGUUCCAAGUGUGCAAAAACUAAGCACAAGGAUCAUAACUGGGACACGCUAUCUAACGUAGCUAGCCAGAGAAGGGAAGAACUCUUAACGUACCUAACAGAGAUAAAGAACGAAGACAUACCGAAGUUUGAGGAGAAAAAGGAGAAAAUAUUAACAAAGGAAAGGGAUAAUAAAAUUCAGUUUGAGAACGAUAUCAGAGUUUUACAGAAGCACUUUGAUAACGUGAUUCGCAGGUUAACAGAAAUCAAGAAAAGCAAUGAAAAAACACUGAAAAACCACUUGAGCAAAACAAACGAACAAAUAAAAUCUCUGAAAUCUCAGAUGGACAAGAAAAAAUCCAAGCUUGUUGUCACCAUAGAAUUAAUUGAGAACAACGGCAGAACUAUGUCAGAUUUCCACCUGAUCGACAACUUAAAAAUGCUGAAACAGCUACGGUCUAAUAUUGAAGACAUUAAAGAUCCUCUAGAAUAUGGUGGAGAAAAAGUUUUUGAUGACUUUCGGCAAACUUGGUCAAUUGAUGCCGUUGCCGAUGAAGUGGGAUUUUUUCAAAACGGAGAUAAUCCAGUACGUACCCUUGAGGUUUGUAGUGAAGAUAUAUGUUAUAUCCAGUCUUUUUUAUUGGACUGUUUUAAUCAAAUUAACAUAAAAGGUAAGAACAAACGAAAAUUCAUGAUAAACCUUUGUGAUAUCUGUGUCUGUAAGAAUGGUGAAGUGUUUUUCACCGAUAAUGGGAACAAUACUAUUUGCCAACUCUUUCCUUUGGGUUCUGUCUCUGUUAUCGCGAAUACAGAAAAAUUACUACCACUUGGAAUCUGUGAGUCGGUGGAUGGUGGUCUUCUGGUCGCCUUGACAGAUUAUUCUGAAUACUGGGAACCUUUUACAAGUUCAGUAAGACAUAUGACCUUAACAGGUGACGUCAUUUAUGAGAUCGGUGGUCAUCCUUAUUUUCAGGAACAACUUUUUUCUUUUCCACAACGCAUUGCACAGAAUGGUAACAGUGACAUCUGUGUUGUAGACUGGGCAUAUCCCAGGGAUAAUCUGACUAUUUUGUCUACACUUGGUCAAGUUAAGUGUGUGUAUCAUGGAGGUAAUGUGACUUGCAACAACUUUGAUCCGUAUGAUGUGGCAUGUGACUCUUUUUGGAACAUACUGGUUACCGACGCAACAAAUCAUCGGAUACAUUUACUGAGUCCUUCUGAGAGCUUCUUGAAGUUUUUGCUUACAAAGAGUGAAAUGGAAUUUCCAACCGCAUUAUCACUGUACAAAUCUAAAUUAUGGAUAGGAAAUACAAAAGGACUUGUUAAAGUUUUCAGAUACAAACAAUUUUUUAGUCUUCAAUUUUAA